AUGAUAUUCUCUAAACUGUAUUCACUGGUACUCUUGGGAAGUGUCGCCACUAGCUCGUAUGUUCCAUAUCAUGCCUCUGAAUUAGUUGAAAGAGACAUUGAUAAUACUGGAAAAGCUGCAGACAGACCUUUGAUUCAUGCCACUCCAGAUAGCGGGUGGAUGAACGAUCCUAACGGUCUAUGGUAUGAUGCUAAGGAAAAACUAUACCAUUUGUACUAUCAAUAUAAUCCAAAUGAUAUGGUUUGGGGGUUUCCAUUAUGCUGGGGUCACGCGACGUCUGAGGAUCUGAUGUUGUGGAAAAACCAUGGUGUUGCAAUUUCGCCUGCCCGUAACGAUUCUGGAGUUUACUCAGGUUCUGCGGUUAUUGAUUACAACAACACCUCUGGUUUUUUUGAUGAUUCUGUUGACCCACGGCAAAGAGUUGUUGCAAUUUGGACUUACAAUACUCCUGAAUCUGAAACACAGUAUCUUUCUUAUUCCACUGAUGGUGGUUAUACCUUCCAGGAAUAUGAGCACAACCCCGUUGUGGAGUUCAACUCUACCCAGUUCAGAGAUCCUAAGGUUAUCUGGCAUGAAGAGACCCAAAAGUGGAUAAUGACAGUUGCGUUAUGUCAGCAAUACAGUGUGUUCAUUUAUUCAUCUGAGAAUCUAAAAGACUGGACAUUAGAGUCGAAGUUUACUGAUAGUGGGCUUUUAGGUUUCCAGUAUGAAGCGCCUGGAUUAGCGAAAAUACCUGUCACCAAGGCGACUAACAACAACUAUACCUUGGAAGACAAUUCAUAUGAUGUCAAGAACAACGAUACAGAAUAUAUGUGGGUUCUGUUUUUGGCUAUUAAUCCAGGUGGUCCACAGGGAGGUUCUUUCAACCAGUACUUCAUUGGUGACUUUAACGGGACCACAUUCACGCCUUUCACUCAUCAAACCAGAAUGCUUGAUUUUGGUAAAGACUUUUAUGCUUUCCAAGGUUUCUUCAAUAGCCCCGAUGACUCUAGCUAUCUUGGUAUUGCUUGGACGUCUAAUUGGCAAUACUCUGCCUAUGUGCCAACUUACCCUUGGAGGUCAUCAAUGUCUUUGCCAAGAAGGUUUACCAUUCAGCAAUAUUCCCCAACUCCAGAAAGUGUUCAGCUAAACUUGAACUCAGUGCCAGUACUAAACCUUGCUGGUGAUGACAAACCCUCUGAAAGUAGGUACGCUCUCUCUAACAAGGCCUUAAACUCAACCGCCAAUUUGACUAUCCCUAUCGAAGGUACCCCUACUGGAACCUUCGAAUUUACCGUCACUUUCGCAUGCAACUCCACAACCGUCGUCAAUACCCAAUCUGCCGACUUGAAUUUCUUCCUAAAGGGUUCUAAAGAUCAAACUGAAUACUUGAGAUUGGGCCACAACGCUCAAGCUGCAGCAUUCUUCAUCGACCGUGGAAACACAAAAGUCGAAUUCGUCCACAGCAAUCCAUUCUUCACCAACAGGCUAUCUGUAAACGGCGAACCAUGGUCCCAAGACGGCUCUUACUCCAUUUACAAAGUCCAAGGUAUCGUUGAUGUUAACAUUCUGGAGUUGUUCUUCAAUGAAGGCUCUAUGGCUUCAACUAAUACCUUCUUUUUAAGUCCUGGUAACUUUAUUGGCAACAUAGAAAUAUCAAGUUCUGUUGACGGCGUUUAUAGUAUAUUAGACUUUGACUUAAAAGAGCUGGAUGUCGUUGAUUCAAAAGUAACCGUCGAGACCUGCGGGCCUAGCGAGUGA